CUUUUGUUAUUGUUCCAGGUGGUAAUGUUCUGUGUCUGGACCUCUGGGGUCGGCAGGGUGGAGCGUCACUUCAAGCUCUGCACUUCAGUUUUGCCGUUGGAGCUUUUGUGGUUCCUCUGGUCAUCCAGCCUCUCUUUGUUGGAUUGCAACCCAUGGUGCUGCGUGGCAACCAGUCGGAUGCCCAGGAUCUCGCCACCGACACGACAGAUGUGCUGAGGCUCAUCCGGGGCCUUCCAGGGGUGGAACCCACAGACAACACCCACCUCAACUCUUCAUUUUUUGAUCUCGAAUCACUCUCCAGGGACGACAUAAUACGCCUGACGUUACCUCAGACAAAUGCAACCAAUGGGAGCUUUGUCGAUACCACUGCAAAUGCAACGUGGUUGGGCACGUCCGUUAGUUACGAUGGCGAGACUCCGUCACCCCCAGGGACGAUACCCGCCAUCUCGGCAACUGUCGCUGCCCCAAACAUUUCCUCGACUGUGAAGACGCCAAAAAUGAAGCCCAGUUACACAGACGCUAACCGCCUUGAACCUGACUCUGUCAAGGUGUGGAAGAAGCCGGCCGGAGCUGCAGCUGGAGCCACAGCCAUCGACACUAAACCCAAACUGAACAGUCCAAUUGUGGAGGAGAAGAAAGACUCAGGCGGAGUGGCAAAACACUCCUGUACCUGA